GUCGCCAAAUGGACAACACCGAAUAAUACCAUAAUACGAAUCAGUCCACAAGUUGCCUGACCGACAACGCCAGUUCCUUGUACUGGAACCUCGACGGCUUCCAGCACACGUCGGCAUCUUCACGGCGCCUCCUUCUUACAUACACCAACUUUCUCAGCCACCUUCUAGAAAUCCUCAAGCGCGUCCGAACAAACCGCCAAAAUGGCCUUCCUAAUUCUCGUGAUCGGUGACCUCCACAUCCCAGACCGGGCCCUGGACAUUCCCGCCAAAUUCAAGAAACUCCUCGCCCCCGGCAAGAUCUCCCAAACCCUCUGCCUCGGCAACCUAACUGACCGGUCAACUUACGAAUACCUGCGCACCAUCGCCCCCGACCUGAAAAUCGUUCGCGGCCGCAUGGACGUCGAAGCAACCUCCCUUCCCCUCACCAGCGUUGUCACGCAUGGCAACCUUCGCAUCGGCUUCCUCGAAGGUUUCACCUUGGUAUCCAACGAACCGGACCUCCUCCUAGCCGAAGCCAACCGUCUGGACGUGGAUGUGCUCUGCUGGGGCGGCACGCACAAGUUCGAGUGCUUCGAGUACAUGGACAAGUUUUUCGUGAACCCCGGGUCGGCGACGGGGGCGUUUACGACUACUGCUGCUUCGUGGGCUGUUAACCUCGGCAGCAAUGGAGAAGGACAAAAAGAGCAGGAUAAGGGGUUCGAUGAAGAUGAGGAGGUGGUGCCGAGCUUUUGUCUGAUGGAUGUCCAGGGUAUUUCGUUGACGCUUUAUGUCUAUCAGUUGAGGAAGGAUGAGAAGGGGGUGGAAAACGUGGCGGUUGAGAAGGUAACGUAUACGAAACCGGUGGAGCCGACGGGAGCGGGCGGCGCUGCUGCUGGUGCUGGUGCGGCCGCUUCUGGCGCGGCUUCGGUGUCGUCGUCAUGAUCUUUGAUACACUUGCUUUCUAGGGUUAGUGGAGGAGGGGAGUGGGAUGGAACUAUAAGCAAGAUAAGCGAGCGUGAUUGCUGUAAUGAUGAUAUACCACCUCUGAGUUGUGUCUUUUUAUGUGCCAUCUUUGGUCAAAGGUCAAGGGUUCACUACUGGGCAAGAUGCUAAAUUUCAGACCUGUGUCCUGACCGAGACAUGGACAUGGGAGCUGUUAUUGCAUCUAUCACCUUGUACAUUUCGAGCUAUAGAUAUACAGAUGGGGGCAUCAUGACAAAACUCGAAAAGGGAUCAAAAGAAGAAUGAAAGUACGUGAGGGAAGCACCAGCCACAACAUAAUCAGAUAACCCCCAACCUUUAUAUUUCGACGGUGCGCCCACAAAAUUUGAGAAAAAGACCCAUUCCAUGCACUAACUAGUUCCAUAUGCUUUUCGCUGCGCCGCUCAUGUGAACCCGCGUUCCCUAUUCCCUUGUCCUUCCAAAAGUAUGGAGAACAAAAAAGCACAUCACAUACCACACCGAACACAUGUAAGAACGGCGGUAACCGGUAUGUAAAACCCAUACAUACACCUCCAUCCGUCUCGCAUUCCGCCAUUCGCUUCCUAUACAUGUCCUCUUAACAAUGUCCACCUUCCCCGCCUCCCUAAUUUCUCUCUGCCGCUCUACCUUUGAACAUCUUUCUCUAUAUGGUAUAUGGUUUUUGUCCUUGGAUAGUGGACCACCUGAACCCUCCUGGACAAACUCUCUAUGGCAGCCAAAAUGCAUGCUGAUUCCACUUCCACCUUCCCUGCCAUCUCCCACCCGCGCGUAGGACCCUCAACUUGUAAUUGGCAAAACCUGCAAGUUUCAAGUCCGACAUCCUAGUACCGUAACUAAUGUUUUCGCCACCAACCAAAUGCAUGAGACAAAGUAAAGAAAAAAGGGGAAAACGAAAUCACUCCCGAGCCUCC